ACUAAUUAAACUUUGAAUGUGUUAGUUUAUUUAUUAUUGUUUCAGGCUCAGGGUCAAGAAUCUUUGAUUUAGAUAUAGAGAAGAAAAAUGAAGAGACAAGGAGAGCUAGACUUAGUAGAAAGGGUUGGUGAUGAUGAUGGAGAAGAAGAUGGUUAUGAUGCAGUUGUUGUUGGGUCUGGUUAUGGUGGCUCUGUUGCUGCAUGUAGGAUGUCAAUGGCAGGAAUUAAGGUGUGUUUAUUAGAGAAAGGCAAGAGAUGGGAAGCUCAGGAUUUCCCAACUGAUAGCUUGAAGAUCAUGUCCAAUGUGAGGAUGGAGAGCCAGAAAUUAGGCCUCAGAUUUGGCCCAGAAGAUGCUCUAUUCCAGGUACAUGAACAAAAUGACUCUGUAGCAGUAGUGGCCUGUGGGCUUGGUGGAGGUUCACUUGUGAAUGCAGGAGUGACAGUGCCAACCCCAGUUCGUGCUAGAAGGAACCCAAAGUGGCCAAAAGAUUGGGAAAGGGAUUGGGAUAUCUGUGAAGCUUCUGCUGCUGCCAUGCUGAGAAUACAAAGUGUUCCCAUCCAGUUUCCUGCUGUGAAAGUCUUUGGAGAAAUAGCUGAAGAACAGAUUGAACAAUGUUUUGAGACUUCAGUGAAGCUAAGCAUAAAUUUUGAUCUUGAAGAGCCAAUGGCUAAUUCAAAGACACCUCAGCGAAUGGGCAGCUGUGUGGCCUGUGGAAACUGUCUUUCUGGUUGUCCUUAUGAUGCCAAAAGUUCUACAGACAAAAAUUAUCUAGUUUCAGCAAUCCAGGCAUAUUUUCCAUCACUUCUUAUAUUGUUAAUAAAUUAUAUUUUAAUUUACUUCAGUCAAGAAAGUUCCAUGGAUAUAAAAUUGCUUCUCAGAUUUUGA